UCGCUGCUGCUGCCGCCACCGCCACCUCCUAUAAAUCAAAACCCCCCUCCUGCGCCCCACUGCGACGAGGAGACCCAUCGCCGCCGGCUCUUCCCCGUCGUAUCCCCACCAACCCCACCCACCCACCACCUCGUGCGAUGCAGUCCCUCCUCGCGUCGCCGUACUGUCCCCUCUACUGCAGGGCUUCCUCCUUCCCCCGCGCCUCCGUCGUCCGCUCCCCGUCGCCGGCCCGGCUCGUCGUCACGCUCGCCGGCGCCGGCGGGCGCGCUCGCCCGCUUCGCUGCGGCGCGAAGGACUCCAUCGUCGAGGAGCUGGCGCAGGACGAUCUGGUGAACGCGGUGGAGCUGUCCCAGUGGGAGAACGGCAAGUCGAUCAACGGCAUCGCGGCUAGCCAGGGGAUCCGCAUCCGCAGGCACUGCCGUCCCGGUGCCCCCUUAGAGGAGAUCGAGGAGGAGCUGGGAGCUCCCCGCAACAUACUGGAGAAGAUCAUUUGGGCCAAGGAGGUUGAAGUAGCUGAGGGGCAUGCCAAGAAGCCUAUGGAGGAGGUGAUUGAGGCUGCAAAGAAUGCUCCUCCUGUAAGAGACUUCUUCGGUGCUUUAGGAUCAGCCUUCAAGCGCAAUGGUGUGCCAGCAUUAAUCGCUGAGGUCAAGAAGGCAUCACCAAGUAGGGGUGUGCUCAGGGAAAACUUCAAUCCUGUUGAAAUUGCUCAGGCUUACGAAAAGAAUGGAGCUGCGUGCUUGAGUAUAUUGACCGAUGAGAAGUUCUUUCAGGGAAGUUUUGAGAAUCUUGAGAAGGUGCGGAACUCGGGAGUGAAGUGCCCUCUUCUAUGCAAAGAAUUUGUCAUUGAUAAAUGGCAGAUCUAUUAUGCCCGCUCAAAGGGUGCAGAUGCAAUUCUGCUUAUUGCUGCUGUGCUACCUGAUCUUGACAUAAAGUACUUCCUUCGGAUAUGUAAGGAGUUGGGAAUGACAGCUCUUAUCGAGGUUCAUGAUGAAAGGGAGAUGGAGCGUGUGCUAAAGAUAAGUGGAGUUCAGCUUAUUGGCAUCAAUAACCGCAGCCUUGAGACAUUUGUUGUCGAUACUUCAAACACAAAGAUGUUGCUAGAGAAGCAUGGUGAUACCAUCAGGGAGAAGAGAAUAUUGGUUGUUGGCGAAUCAGGGCUGUUCAACCCAGAUGAUGUUGCUUAUGUGCAGAAUGCUGGAGUUUCCGCUGUUUUGGUGGGAGAAUCCCUGGUCAAGCAAGACGACCCUGGACGAGCCAUUUCUGGGCUCUUCGGAAAGGAACUUUUGCAUUGAAACAAUUACUUCGGAGGAGUAUAUGUUUUGGUAGUGUAGCAGCUAUUUUCUAGCGACUUAGCGUGAACCAGAAGAAUAAAUUGUGAGCAUUAUUAUCUUUAGUAUUCAUACUGAUUAUGAUAUGUAAACAAAAUAAAAAUAAUGUUCCCUUGUA